AUGGCUUCCUCGGCACCGCCUCGGCGACGAAUCCCCGGCCUGCCGAAUCCGGUGUUGGAAGCAGAGCAGCAAAAAUGGCUAUUCACCGAGGAAGAAUUCGAGCGCACGCCGUCGCGCAUUGAUAAGAUCGAACGCGGGAAAGAGGACUAUAUCCGGCACCGUGCAGUCGAAUUCAUUUGGCAAGUGAGCGUGAUGUUGAAAAUGCCCCCGCAGACCUCAAUGACCGCCACGGUGUACAUGCACCGCUUCCUCAUGCGCUAUUCCUUGAUGGGCCAAUAUCCAGAGAUGGGGUCGGACCUAAUGCACCCGAAGGUGAUCGCCGCGGUGGCCCUGUUCGUCGCGUUCAAGGUGGACGAGGCUAUGCGCCGCAUGAAAGACUUCGUCAUCGCGUGCUGCCGCGUCGCCAUGAAGCAGCCGAACCUGAUCGUCGACGAACAGUCCAAAGAUUACUGGAAAUGGCGCGACCUGAUCCUGCAAAACGAGAGCGUCAUGCUCGAAUAUCUCUGCUUUGACCUGCAGGUCGAAUCCCCCUACCGCAUCCUCUGGGACUACUCCACCUUCCUAGGCGUCGGCGACAACAGAACCCUGCGACACUCCACCUACUCCUUCCUGAACGACUCCACCUACACUGUCCUCUGUCUCCAAUUCCCACCCCGCGUCAUCGCCGCCGCCGCCCUGUACGCCGCAGCCCGCCAUUGCAAAGUCGCGUUCCCUGAUGAUGCCGAAGGCCGACCCUGGUGGGAGCAGAUCGACGUCCGUCUCGAUGAUCUCAUCCGCGCCUGCACCUUCAUCGUCAAGAUCUACGAGCGCGUUCAGCAAAGCCUCAGCAAGGGCUACCCUGAAUUCGCAAUUUCGGACUCAACUUCCUGCCCCAACGACCCAACCCGCAUCUUCGACACCGAUCCCACAAAAUCAGCCUCAGAGCAACAACAAUCCACAUCCACCCUUCCAAACCUCACCGUCACCUCCGACACCACAGCUACAAAUGGCCGCAAACGCUCGCGCGAACCCGAAUCCCACCCUUACACACAACCACAACAAAACCCAUCUUCCCCACAAAACAAACCCCCUUCAACAACCCUCAAUGGAAACGGCGAGCGCGAAUGCGAACGAUCCCCCAAACGCCAGAGAACCAUAACCCCCUCCCGCGAAGCAAUCCCACCCACCGACCAAAAAACAAACCAUCCAGUCCCCUCCCGCUCACGCAUCCCCGCAGCCGCAUCAUCCCAAACAAAAGCAACGCCUCAAUUCGACUCCCUAUCGAUCGCGGAGAAGUCAGCGUCGGGGUCAGACGCACAGCCCCCUUCGAAAGAAUCCAGCAUCGAAGAAGGCGAACUCCGUGACAAACAGCAACAUGUCGUUCCAGUUGCGCUUCCUCCGCGUCCUGUUUCUUCGUCCACGGCAGAUGUGGAUUAUAGGAGUAAACUAGAUUCCAGGGAAGAGGGCGAGGCUGAUGAUGAUGAACGUGCUGGGAGUGAAGAAGGCGAAAUUUAA